AUGAAUAGAUUUGCUGCUGGGGUCCAAAUCGCACUUAACUUUGCAUUAAAGCAAUGGGAUACAUUUAAUAAGUGCAGUAAUGUAACUGAUACUCUAACAUCAACCAAAGUGUGGAGUAUUUUAGCUGAUAUAUAUUAUCCUGUAGAUGAUAUGAAGCCAGAGGAUGUUGGGCUAAGCAAUAGGCUGCAGAAGAUCUUCAGUGCUCAAGAUGCAGCUAAAGGGCAUCUAAUGGAAGAUGGAGUUAAGGCUAUGUCUUUUCUUUCUUCCUGCAACUGCGUUAUCCCUUUGCAUAACCAUCCUGAAAUGACUGUGUUUAGCAAACUCCUCCUGGGAACAAUGCACAUAAAAUCUUAUGAUUUGGUUGAUCCUCUAGAUUGGCAGGUUGGUAGCGGACAAGAUUUCACAGCGCCUUGCGACACUUCUGUAUUGUAUCCAACCCCGGCGGCAAUAUCCACGAAUUCACAGCUAUACACGUGUGCAGUGCUCGAUGUGCUUGGACCUCCCUAUUGA